AAUCCCCGGUUCAGCAUGUCGACCGAGCGGAUCAUCAUCCUCCUCAGCAGCAGCAGCGGCAGCCUGGCUGCCUCCCACCUCCCACCUCCCACCGCCUACCGCCUGCCCAGCAGCAACAAGUCGGACGCCCCCUGUCGCCACGCUUGGGCGGCAGGCAGAAAGCGGAGAGAGAGCGAUCGAUUCGGAUGUGCGGAGCCGACUCUUUCCAAGCGCCCGGUGCAGAAUAAGACGGUUCAGAUGGAGAAGCUGAAGGCCCGUUUGCGGAGCGAGUUCCAGGCCCUGGAGAACGAGGAGAAGCACCUGCGGGAAUAUAAACAGGAAAUGGAUCUCCUGCUGCAGGAGAAGAUGGCGCACGUGGAGGAACUGCGGCUAAUUCAUGCUGAUAUUAAUGUGAUGGAGAACACUAUAAAGCAGUCUGAGAGUGAUCUGAAUAAGCUGCUGGAGACCACGCGGAGGCUGCACGACGAGUACAAGCCACUGAAGGACCACGUAGACGCCCUCCGAGUGACCCUGGGGCUCCAGAGACUGCCGGAGCUCAGCCAAGAGGAAGAGCGACUCUCUCUGGAUUACUUUGAGAAGCAGAAGGCUGAGUGGCAGACCGAACCUCAGGAACCCCCGAUCCCAGAAUCCUUAGCGGCGGCAGCAGCCGCGGCUCAGCAGCUCCAGGCAGCAAGAAAGCAGGACGCCCGACAGCCGGCAACUUUCAGACAACAGCCCCCACCCAUGAAGGCGUGUCUCUCCUGCCAUCAGCAGAUCCACCGGAACGCUCCGAUCUGUCCUCUCUGCAAAGCCAAGAGCCGCUCGCGCAACCCCAAAAAGCCUAAGAGGAAACCCGACGAGUAACUCAACACAGACAGCACUCACGUCCAUGGACACUCGUCCAUUCCCACUGCUGAGUAGCCUGCUUGGCGUCCGGUCUCUGAGUUCUCCUCUUCCUCUUUACUGAUUUCUGAUCAUGUUCUCACCAUUUCAGGUGUGCAGUACUAAGAUAUGUUAGAUUUCGCAUCAUUUUCAUUGUUUGAUUUUUGUACUGCUGUAACGUCUGUAUCGUUUAAAAUCGACUGAACAAAGUUCACAGGGACUCUUUUCUUAGGAAGGUUUGUAUGUUCCAGAGCUGAUUCUGGAGCACACUUGGUUCUAGAAACAAUUCUGGUACACAGUCCGUUCCAGAGCCGUUCUUGAUUACAGAGACACAUUUUUAGGAAGGUUUGUAUGUUCCAGAGCUGAUUCUGGAGCACACUUGGUUCUAGAAACAAUUCUGGUACACAGUCCGUUCCAGAGCCGUUCUUGAUUACAGAGACACAUUUUUAGGAAGGUUUGUAUGUUCCAGAGCUGAUUCUGGAGCACACUUGGUUCUAGAAACAAUUCUGGUACACAGUCCGUUCCAGAGCAGUUCUUGAUCACAGAGACACAUUUUUAGGAAGGUUUGUAUGUUCCAGAGCUGAUUCUAGAGCACACUUGGUUCUAGAAACAAUUCUGGUACACAUUCCGUUCCAGAGCAGUUCUUGAUCACAGAGACACCUUUUUAGGAAGGUUUGUAUGUUCCAGAACACUUUCUGUUCCAGAAUAGCCCAAGAUCCCACUCCAUUCCAGAGCUGAUUCUUGAAUCCCAGAGGCUGUCAUAGAAUGCUUGGUGCCGGAGACGAGUUGCACAACAGUUUUCGAGCACAGUAUGUCCAGGAACUGAUCCUUCAACACCACUGCAGAGCAGGUUCUAGAGUGUUAUACAAUACAUUCAGCCCUAGAGCCGGCUCUGGAGCUGACUUGGUUUCUAGAGGCAGUUCUGCAACACACUCAGUUCCAGAGCCAGCUCUAGCGCUCACUAGGCUCCUGAGACAAUUCUAGGAUGCAUUCAGUGGGCAGAUCAGUUCUAAGAUCACACUCCGUUCCAGAGCCGAUUCUUGAAUUCUAGAGCCUGUUCUAGAAUGCUUGAUGCCGGAGACAAGUUCUACUUGCUGAGCAGAUUUAGAUCACCAGAACUGAUUCCUGAAUAGCAUUCCAGAGCUGCUUCUAGAGUGCACUUGUUUUUUCAAGGAAGUUAUACAAUACGUUCAGCCCCAGAGCUGGCUUUGGAGCUCACUAGGUUUUUAGAGGCAGUUGUACAACACACUCAGUUCCAGAGCUGGUUCUAGAACACCCUUGGUUCUAGAACCCCCUGUGGAAAUGUUGGAGAAUUGCAGAAAGCCUGCAGGUUCUCUACAGCACAUUCAGUCCUGUUGAUGAAGUCCCUGUGUUCUCGUAUUAUUUGUGUAGAGUGGCUGAUUGUAUGCGUAUGUUUUUUAUUAUUAAACUCUAAUAAUCGCUGAA